AUGUCGAAUAAUCCCUGGGCUGAUGGAGGGUCUGAAGGUGGAUGGGAAGAUGUUAGGCCACGCCGCGAUGGACAAGCGCCCUCUGCUGAUGGACGAGAUCCUCAAAACGCACCCGCAGCGCUGAGACCUGGCGGUGCUUUUGAGAAUUUGGAGGCGGAGGAGGAACAUGCUUGGGGAGAACCUAGGAGACAACCCAGUGAUGGACAGCGUCUUGAAGGAGCACCCGCCUUUCUAAGACCAGGAGGAGACAGAUCCGAGACGAACCCAUUUCUACGGAAAAAGGUGCCCCAAAGUCAAAGUCAGGAUACGACUCCUGCGGGAUCUUUUUCAAAACUCACACUCGACGAGCCCAGCACAAACCCAUGGCAACCAGCAAUUGUCGGUCAGAAUGCGCCGACGCCGCCGCCGCCACAACUGGCCCCAAGCUUGUUGGACGAGAACACCAAAGAUCCUUGGGCGCCAACACCACAACCACCUAUCUCCGGAUCGCCAGCCCUGGUAUCACUACCGUCGGGCCGAGAAUCACCAGCCUGGGACGAGGAUCCUCUAGGAAACAAGGCUAAACCUCCCACUCCGCCUAUGAAACUGACGGAAGAGCUUACCGGAGAUACUCAUGUCUGGGAUGAGAUAGGAGAUCCGAGCAAGGGCAAAGCCAAGGCUGACGCAGAGCCCUCGACAAGCUUUUCUAAAGAAUCCGCAGAGGAUAAACCACCGCUACCACCUAGACAACCGACAGAGCCAUCCGCCUGGAAACCUUCACGAGAGCCGGUAGACGGUAAGACCGAGACAUACCAAAUCAAGAACAUCCGAUGGCAUGACGCGACCUCAGCACAGAACCCUCGAACAUCACCUAUCCUGAUCCAGAACGCAAAUGGACCUUGUCCACUUGUGGCGCUGGUGAAUGCCCUCACCAUGACAACACCUGCCGAUAUCGAGGACACAGCCCUCGUACAAAUUCUCCGCUCUAGGGAGCAAGUCAGCUUGAAUCUGCUUCUGGAUGCCGUCUUUGAUGAGCUAAUGUCACCACGGAGGACCAGCUCUGAAGACGCCCUUCCUGAUGUUUCAGACUUGUAUGCUUUCUUGCAGAGCUUGCAUACAGGCAUGAAUGUCAACCCCCGUUUCAUACCAACAGAGAGUAUGGUGAACGCCUACAAGCGUACGUCACUGACACAUUUGCACCCUACCGAACGUGGCGAUUUGAUACCGGGAACCUUUGAGAAUACAGCUGAAAUGGCCCUUUACGCUACAUUUUCGAUUCCUCUUAUUCACGGAUGGUUACCCCCCAAGUCAGAGCCUGCGUAUGAAUCGCUGGAGCGACAGGCCGCUUCAUAUGAGGAUGCGCAAAACCUGCUAUUUCGAGAGGAGGAGCUGGAGGAGAAGCUAUCAGAUCCCGACGUUGGUCUCACUGAGUCAGAACAGCAGCUCUACCAAGAUGUGAUGAUUAUCAAGGAAUUCCUGGAGACAUCGGCUACUCAACUUACACAUUGGGGCAUCGAAGUCAUCGGCAAGGCUAUUCGACCUGGCACGUUUGCCAUCUUGUUUCGAAACGAUCAUUUCAGCACGCUCUACUGUCAUCCGCAAUCGAUGCAACUUCUCACGCUGGUUACAGAUGCAGGCUUCAAAACCCACGAGGAAAUCGUUUGGGAGACGCUGUCUGAUGUCAAUGGAGAGAGUACCGAGUUUGUGUCGGGAGAUUUCCGUGUUGUCAGCCUUAGUGGUGCUGUUCCCGGAACAAGUGCAGGAAACUACAACAGCAACGAUGGAGGAGAAUGGACAACGGUGCAUAACAAGCGUGGCAAGGCUCGACAUGAGGAUGAGCCCCCGAUGAGUCCUAGCACGGAACAGGAGGAUCGAGAUCUGGCUCUUGCGUUGCAGCUACAAGAGGAGGAAGAAGAGAGACAUAGAGCAGAGGAGGCACGAAGACGAAGGGAGAGCAUACUUUCGGAGCAGUACAUUGAGCAACAGGCUCGACAAACAGGGCCUGCGAACCGUGGUGGCCGAGGAGGCCAUGGCGAUCAAGCUGGUCGAGGGGGAGGGGCUCCGAGGGGUGGAGGCGUCACCAGACAAGCCAGUGGUCUCGUACCGGGCCGAACUAGUUCUUCCAACGCACCGACGACAACCAUGGCCAACGCACAACCUCGACCUGCUCAGCAAGUCGUCCGCUCCCUCAUUCCUCCUCAGCGACAGGGCGUAACACGGCCCGCCGAAGCAGCGAGUGAGGAAGCACCUCCUUCAUACGAGCAAGCAGCUCAGGACCAGGUGUAUCGGCCACCAGUGGGGCACCCAAGUCAUGCGGACAGCAGCGCCGACAUCUCGAGACAGUCUACAAGGACAGGUUCAGUGUCUAUGGGACAACGGCAAGCGGGUCAGUCUGCAGGCAGACGGCCACCCGUCAACCCCGCGGCGGUGCUUGGAAACAAUCAAUCGCAGCCCAAGGACAGGGACUGCGUCGUCAUGUGA